AGAGCAGUUUGACUGGAGGUGGUUGUGGUGGGUGGCACAAAAUAGGUUCUGCUACCUAACAGGCUAGGACCAGGGCAAAGUUCCCAUAAAUCACUGUCUUUGACGUAUUUCCUUGUUUUGCAUCGUUCAUAAAAUAACGUUUGGAGUGGUGACAAAAUGAUGCAUCACCACCUUUUAAUUUCUCAUAAUUAACCAAUGUUGAAUUGCUAGCCUCAAAACGAGGGUUAAUUCGUUGGUUUUUGGUGAAUUCAACAGGCUUUGGAGUCUAAGGAACAUGAACACUGCGAAACAGCGCCACUACACGGCUAUAAUACGUCUAACAUCAACUACUAGUUUGUUGCAGAAAUUACACCCAAUGAGCAAAACCUGUCCACAUACUUUUGUGUCCUUUUGAUCUGGGGCUGUUUUUCAUGGUUUGAGCUAAACCUUUUAGCUCAAAAUCUUUUGAAACGCCUUCCCAGAAGAGUGGAGGCUGCUUUGGCUGCACAUGGGUGUAAUGUUUGGUCUGAUCCGACUCUAGAGAGACAUUUCAAGGGUCACAGGGACACAGUGACAAGUGUGGACUUCAGCUGCAGUAUGAAACAAAUUGCCACAGGCUCCAUGGACUCCUGUGUUAUGAUCUGGAACAUGAAACCUCAGAUGAGAGCGUAUCGUUUUGAUGGACACAAAGACGCUGUCAUUUCUGUUCAGUUUUCUCCCUCUGGCCACCUGGUGGCUUCCUCCUCCAGAGACAAGACUGUACGUCUUUGGGUUCCCAGCAUGAAGGCUGAGUCAACAGUAUUCAAGGCUCACACUGCCACCGUGCGCAGCAUUAACUUCUCUGGUGAUGGACAGACUCUGGUCACAGCCUCUGAUGACAAGACCAUUAAAGUGUGGACCGUCCACAGGCAAAAGUUCCUCUUCUCGCUUAACCAGCACAUCAACUGGGUCCGCUGUGCAAAGUUUUCUCCAGACGAUCGUUUGAUUGUGUCAUCCAGUGAUGAUAAAACUAUAAAGCUGUGGGACAAGAACAGCAGAGAGUGUAUUCAUUCAUUCUAUGAACAUGCUGGGUAUGCAAAUCAUGUGGAUUUCCAUCCCAGUGGAACAUGCAUUGCUGCAGCCAGUACUGACAACUCUGUCAAGGUGUGGGACAUCAGAUCCCAUAAGAUGUUGCAACACUACCAAGUCCACAGCGGUGUGGUGAACAGCUUGUCUUUCCACCCGGCUGGCAAUUUCCUCAUCACUGCGUCCAGCGAUUCCACAAUGAAGAUACUGGACCUUGUAGAGGGCAAACUACUGUACACACUGCAUGGACACCAGGGUCCAGUAACCUGUGUGGCCUUUUCCAGGACAGGAGAGUACUUUGCAUCCGGAGGUUCUGAUGAACAGGUAAUGGUGUGGAAGAGCAACUUUGAUGAGUGUGGUGACACUGUCAGGGUGCAACGCUCCACUGCUCCCAGCCUGCAGGUGCCACCAGCCAACUCCACAACUCACCCCCCUUUUAACUCACAUCCAUCUGUGCUCCAUGGCCAGGCCUCUGAACCGACUGGACUUUUUGACAGACAGGACUCCCAAACUGCUGUCCACACUCAGAGCUAUAGUCGCAGUGGCAGCCACAGUAGAGCGACUCAUCCUCACACCUACAGAGACCCCAGCAGAAGUUCCUCCUCCACCCACCAGACACAGAAGCAGGGCUCACCUCAAGUUCAAGCACAGUCCCACGCCUCAGAUGGAGGGGCACCCCCUGGUCUGGCUAACACACUGGAACACAUUAUAGGUCAACUGGAUAUUCUCACUCAGACGGUUUCGAUCUUGGAGCAGCGGCUGACACUGACAGAGGACAAGCUUAAGGAGUGUUUGGAGAACCAGAUGGAGAUCGGUCUACUUCUCCAGAGAAAAGAGGAGGCCUAAAGAUGGCGGCAUCAGAGAGAGGUUGAGCUAUGGUGUGUGCGGGGAGGGGGGAAAUGGGUUCACACCAAAAAGUGUCUCUUUGUUGUUAUAUCACACUUCAAACGUGUGAUGUUUGUAAAAACAGUUGCACAUUCACACGUGUAGCAUCCUGAACCGUUUCCCCCAACUAGACUUUAAAUGCACACUGAGCCUUACUGCAGAUGUCUGGUUAUUUCACACAGAUAUCAGAAGUGAAGGAGUUGAAUAUUAGAGAAGUUGUUCCUCUACAACAGUGCUGAGAGCGCAGUCUCUUUUCUGCUGACGAAGGACCUAAUGUUACUAGUCACCGACCGUUGGUGUAUGUGUGUGUGUGUGUGUGUGUGUGUGUGUGUGUGUGUGUGUGUGUGUGUGUGUGUGUGUGUGUGUGUGUACACAAAACCAUAGACACAUGCAAGAGACUUUCAGAGUUGCCCAUGCGCUGCACGUCUGGCUGUUUUAAUCUCAGUUUAUGUUUAUAUGUGUGAGGACCUGCACAGAAUGGCAUCACUCUUUUUCAUCAAAGGGCACAUAUACAUAUAAAAAAACUUCCCCAGGGCACAGUUAUCGUUGUAGUUGCACUCAAGCCAGCACAUAAAUUAAUUUUUUUUUUUUUAAAUUAGAGAACGAGGCUCAUUUAUUUAAAUAGGGACCUUAGGGACCCAAAUUUGACCUUCUUCACUAGGUUUGUUGUCCACAGAUAUUAAGUUUUUGUUCAUCUACUGUAAGUACAGACAAUUUGAAUCAACUAAGUAAACAGUGACUGCAUACAAACACAGUGCCUUUAUUCUGUCUUACAUGAAGAAACAAUGUUCAUAUCAGUAAGAUUGGGAGAGUUUUUGGUGAUAUUCUAUAGUUUUUCUUAUUGUCAACAAAUCUCAUUAAGAAAACAAAACCAACAAUAAAUUUAUGAAGUAUUGCCUGUGUUUCAAAGCCUGAUAUAGCUUGUUACUCUGUGCCAUAGACAUCCGCUGUUGUCCAGAAACUAUUAGUUGAGCCACACUGUUGCACUGUAGUUUAUUUUAAAUCAGUCCCACAUACAGUCUCUAGUCUGCUGCCAUAAAUACUCACCAGUUCACCAAAUGUGCUCAUUCACAGCUGAAAAUAGUCCCCAAACAAAUGCAAAAUUUAAGUGUUUUGAUUUUGAGCUCAUUUUUAGAGAUAAAUCAUCUUCAGUGGGAAUGGAUGGACUUGGACUGAGCGCCACAGACAGAACAGGGAAUCAAAGUAUUUGAAAGACAGAAUAACACAUUGUUGAUUUUUUGCUCUUUUCAUGGGAUUUGUUGACGAUAAGAAAAAAAGGUUAAAAUAACGCCAAAUUUAUCCUUUGAGUUAGAAUAAUGGUGCUUUCUGGAUUGGUUUCCAAGCUGAAAUUUCUACUUCGAGUGCAGAACGACUGAUUGUAAUUAUUGCAGUUUGAAAGAUAAGACAUCUUGUGCCGUCCCUUUAUAUCCUGUGUGUGAAAGUUUCAUUUCGAAAGUAAGUUAUUGUGUACUUUCUUAAUAAAUGUUUUUUACUCUUA